ACGCUUCCUCAUCCAAAAAUCGCAAUCACAAUUCAAUAAAACCAAAAACCCGCAGAGCCCUCAGAUCAAAGCACGUUCAUCCCUUCAAGAAAUAAAAAUCCCCCAACAAAAACCUAAAAUUGAGCCACCGAAGGGUUGAGGCACCUCGAAGACAUUCAAAAAUGUCUCAAAACGCACAGGGGAAGCCCCCCUCCCCCGUGAACCACGGCCGGGAUUCGAAGUCCCCGUCCGACAAAGAGAACAAGGAAAACGCGAAGAGUUCGAUAAUAAGAAGACCGGAGAAGAGUUCGUCGUCGGGUGCCAGUGGGGAGGUGGACGAGAAGAUCAGGAAGAUGUACGAGCCCACGGGGUGCAUACCGAAGCGUUUCGGCAAUGUAAAUCGUUCCAACGCAGCCCCCAAUCACCAGAAUAUCCUCCAGGGGAGGGCUCAGGGCAACUCCGAGGUCUUCAGCAAGUCCAACUUCUCGAUCUUCGAUGAGGACGCCGACGAGAGGCUCUCGAAGGAGACCGAGGAGUGGAAGAAGCUCAAUCGGAAGGUCCUGGCGUCGUCAUCGAUGCUCGAUGGACAGCUGCCCAUGACCACGAUCAAGGAGACCUUCACCAGGCCCAAGGAAUUCUUCGUGAGACAGGAGUCUGUGGCCAAGGAGGACGUCGACGAGGGCAAGGCCAAGAGGGGGUUCAGGCGCCUCCAGAGAAUACAACCGAUCGACGAGGCCAGCAAGUCACCGGGACUCGUGGUACCAUCGGAGAGGGUCAAGCAAAUCAUUCAGGAACAUUUUGAACCCAGCAAGGUCACGCCGCAUGAUGUUCCACCACCUUCGCCUAAAAGGAUCAAAGUGCUCCACAAAUCGAUUCAGGAUCACGAGGAGGAAGAGGAGAAACGUAGGAUGCUUGAGGCUGAGAGGAAAGAUACGAUGCAGAUGCUUUAUCCGGAGGAGUUCAUGCUCUUCGAGGAGGAAAAAGACAAAUUUCAGCAAUUCAUUCCUAAUUAUCGAGAGUUGAAUGCUAGUGUUGAUCAGAGGCAAACUGUCGUUAAUUUUUUGCUUCAUGUGAGCAGUCACAACUGCCUUCCCUCCAACAUGGUCUACCCGGUUGUCAGAAUCUUCGACGACAUGCUGCAGGCAUGCAGAAUUCCCCUCCAGAAUCUCCAGCUCAUUAUGAUCUGCGCCCUCUGGAUCAUCAUGAAGAAGGACUACAUCGCCUAUCGCAUCCCCGGGGCCCAGAAGAUGGCCAGUUUCUCAAACGGACUCUACACAGAUGCCGACGUUCGAUCCGGGGAGAUUCAGAUAAUGCAGACGUUGAAGUUCCAGAUCAACUAUCCAGACCUUUCAUCGAUGCUCGUUUAUUUCAUGCUGGCGCUGGAUUACUCUGACUUCAUAGAUGAGGAGCAGAGGGAGACUAUCUACUACUUCGGAGGUUACAUGCUGGACCUAGUUCUCUUCGACGAAGAGCUUAUGAAGACCUCCCCAAUCCUCCUGUCAGCAGCAGCCGCAGAACUAGCGAUAACUCUUGUGAUGGAGCCUGAGAACACCCUCCACUGCACCUUCUUCAAACGCUGGCGCUCGGGAUACGCCAACGAGAAGCUCCAGGACGAGGACAUUAAUCACUGUCGUAUUUUGAUGAUCAGAAACAUCAUUGAGUCCUGCUACCGCUCCUCCAAGAGUCACGUCGUCCACAAGAAGUACAAUAAGUCGAGGUUUGGGAGAGUCUCCAAGAAGCUCAUUGAUAAAAUCCAGAAGUUAGUCCCACCGAUUAUUUAAUUUAAAAAAGAAACUAUUUAAUAAUAUUUAUUCGUACUAUUUGUUUUAUAUUUAUUACACGUGGAGUUUUUAAGAAUGAAAAACUAUUUGAAUUCUUAAUUGAAGGGAAAUGAAUAUAUGAAUUGUAUGGUUUAAUUAUGAAUGAGAGUUAAAAAUAUGAGGUAAUUUGUGUCUUAAAAAACGAUUAUGACUGUGAUUUAUUGAUGAUUAAUGUUAUUACGGCAGAUUUAUUUGGAUUAUAUUUUUUAAUAAAUGAAGGGAGACAGUUAUUUUAAAGUAAAAGAAUAAUUAUUACAAUAUGUUGAUUACACUCAUAGAAAUUAUGGGAAUGAUAAAAUAUUUACGAACUACUACAAUUAUGUUUUAAACAAUACUCAUAAAAUAAACGCCGAGAUCAUCAAAUAUA